CCAGCGAGGACAACAUUGGGGUUCACCUGUCCCCGGCCCCUCAGGCAUGCGGGAGAGGAGGUGGGGAGAAGGUGGCAUUUUAGAGUCAGGGUCGAAAUGCGGGAUUUGGGAUGCAGGUUGCCUGGGUUUGAAUCCCUGCGCGUCUACUUUUGAGCUGUGUGACCUUGGACAAUGGACUGAACUUCUCUGAGCCACCGAUUUCUGUAUCUGCCAAGAGGGAACAGUAAUAGCUCAACUGCCCUGUUGUCUUGAGGCAGAAAGGAGACGUCAGUGUGAGCUGUUUAUCUCAGUGUCUGGCACAUAUAAUUGCCACCAACUUUCUCCGGCAUCUACCAGCAAAGUUGUUUGGCCAAACAGGCCAACCCUGGGCCAGCCUGUGAAAAUGUGAUUCACAGGGUGGGGGCAUGAGCCUCUGGCCUGGGCCGAGGAAGACCCCGACUGACCUUGGGGCAGUCCCGAAUCAGAGCUCUGCCGGCUCCCGCUUCCUCUUUUGCCACUGCGGAACCUAGGGGGUUCUGGAGCGAGUUUCCUCUUCUGAGGAUGGGGGUGUCAUGGUUCGGGGUGGAGGAUGAGAUGACACUGGCCAGAGAGCUGGACACAGCCCCAUCAGUGUCAGUCCUACUGGCAUCCAGCUGUUCUCCGUCCUGGCUUCUGGGGGGCCGGUGCCUUCUGUGAUGCGUCCUUGUGUCCCACUGGCUGCCCAGGGCCCAGGGCAGAGCAGACGUCCCACCUUGUCCUGGCUGUGUCCAGCAGUGCCCUCUUCUCCCUACAACCCUGUUUUCCCAGUCAGAACCUGGGGCAGGAAAUGUUUCUGGUUUGUGAACUGGGGUUCGCUGAAGAGUUUGUUGGCACCCUUGGCAGGUGGCUUUAUGGGGGCAGUGUUGAAAGCUCCGUGGGGAUGGCUGGCCCCUGUAAGCAGGGCAGCCCUCCUGGCAUCUCUCAAGGAGCCUCAGGAGGUGGCGGCUGCCAGGCGGGGGUGUUUUGCUGGUGGUGAGCCCGGUAAUGCUCGUGAUGUGCCCAGUUGAGUUAGGAGGAGGCAGCGUGUCCCUGGGGAAGGGGUGUUUGUGGGCCUAGGCCACGCUCUGUGCCCUCCUGGUCCUGGCGGUGGGCUUGGGGGUCCCUCGGGCUCAGUGUUCUCCCUUUGUCCCUCCUGUAGCACACAGGAAGGUGUAGCUGGUGACAUGCAAACCUAGGUGACCUCGUGGCCCUUUUGUUUUCACUUUUCUUACCACUUCUUAUCCUCCCCAUGACCUGGUAGAUGAGGUCAGGGACUUGUACCCACUUUGCACAUUGAGAAACUGAGGCCAAGAGGAGCAGCUUGCUUGGCUGGGAGGAAGCAGGCCACAAAAGUGAGUGCUGGGCUGGGAGGAUGGAGGGGACUUCAGCCUGCUCUGCUGCAGGCUGUGGGCCCCCCGGGCCUAGAGCAAGUGGAGUGGCCUCUAGAGUGGGAUCAGGCUCAGACAAGCCAGGGCCCUGGGAGGGAGAGCAGGACAGGAGGAUACCCCUCCCCUCACUGGUAGCUGGGGCAGGGACUGUCCAUUUGAAUGGCUCUGACGGAGUGGGGUUCACCCCUGGCUCUACCCCCAUGCUCCUUGGGUCCCAGUUACUGAUCUCUGUGGGCCUUGGCAAACCAGGUAGGACAGUGUCAGUAACACCUGCAAGCUUGGGCGGCUGUGGGGAGUGGCUGAGGGCGGUGCGGGCCCCCGCUCACAUGGCAUGGCUCAGGCUUGUCUUGCUGUUAUUAUUCCAUGGGACGCAUGUGGGCUCUGUCAGAAGACAGAGCGUGUCCCGUGCUGCAGUUGAACCCCGUUGGGGUUGUUUGAGGGUGCUGGGGCAGGGGGUUCUGGAAAGCCUGGUCCUUGGAGCUUGCUUUUAUGGUGGGUGUGUGGGAUCUGACAGUCAAGACCCCCUUGGCAGAGGAUGGCAGGACUGAAGGCACAUGGAGCAGGAGGAUGUGUGUUUGGGGGAUCCAGAUGGCCUUGGGCUUCAAAUCCCAAGCAGAGGGGACACUCCAGCCUGCCCAGAGAUCGAAGGCCCAGGCUGUGCUCUGGCCCCUAGCCCCUGGCCCCUCUGCACUUGGAAGACGCCACCUUGGCUCUGCCGGGCUCCCCUCUGGGCUCCCAUCCUGCCUUCUGGCUUUUUGCUUCACCUCCCUACAUGCACCUCAGUUUCCUCACCUGCCAGAUGGAGAUGCUAGGGUGAGCAGAGGUGGCCGCAGCCUUGCUGGAUCAGAUGCUGGUGGAAAUGAUGGUUGCUGGGUGGGCCAGGAUUCCCAUGUGCCAGCCUGGGCAUCCCCCCAACCCAAGCUGUGGCCCGUCUCUGUUCCCUGCAUCCUGUGGGCUUUACUGGAUCAGGGCGAGGGGUUACCCAGCUUGCAAGACACAGCUUUGCUCAGAGCGGCUAGAAAGGAAGAGCAGACAGGUGGGGUCCAGCCAGGCACAGGGCUUGUGGAGACCUGCUGCCCUCUGUGCUUUGAGUUUCCCUGGGCUCUGCUUCUUGGCCACCCCCUUCCCUCCCUGCCUGCCAGCAAGCAUGGAGCUAGCUUCCCCUCCAUGGGCUAAGACCUGCCAGAAUCCACUGGCACUCACCGCUCUACCCCCACACUUGGCCUGCGGCCCUCUCCCACUCAAUCUGCGGCUUUUCUGAGUCUGUUGGGACAGAACAUGGGGACCUGUCCUCAGGGUCCUGGGAGUGCCGGGGUGUCAGGGACCCCCCACCUAUGAUCCCUGUGAGAACAGGGUCUCCUCUAACUCAUCACUAUCUGCAGGGUGGGAACACGCAACAGACAUUUACUGAGCACCUACUGUGUACCCGUGCAGGGCAGGGUACAGCUGUGGGUGGGACAGACGGUGCCCUCCUUGGACAGCCUUGGAGUCCAGUGCAGGGAGUGACACAGCAGCCAGAGGACAGCCCUGAGCCUAGAGAAGGGCAGCUAGCAAGGAGAGCAAAUGAAGUAGGGCAAGGCUGUAGUGGUGGGGCGUGGGAGGAGGGGCGUCUGGGGCCAGUGGUAUGGGAGGACAGCCUGUAACAGGCGCCUUCUGAGAAAGUCCCGAAUAGGAAGGUGCCAGCCAUGGGGCAGUCAGGGCAGAGCUGGGAGCAUGGGCUCACAGCGGAGGGUGUGGGGACGCCUAGGGAGGCAGGGAGCUUGGAUUCUCUUGUGCUGGGGAGGGUUCUGAGUGGGGAUAACGCCAUCUCAUUUUUGCAAAGAUAGUUUCUCAGGAAACAUUUGCUGAGUGAAUGAAGGAACAGAUAUGCACUUGGGAGGGCCGGACCACAGGCCAGGUGUGACUGUGGCUCGGUCACUAGGCUCUGUGCUCACGGUGGGGGCAGAGCCCCACAUCUGGCCCUGUCCAUGCCUCCUGGCCUGGGGUCAGGGUGGCAGACAGGGUUUUGAGGUCACCACUCCUCUUAGAGAAUCCCUUUGAGCUGGGGCUGCCUGUUCCUCAGUUUCCUCAUUAGUCCUGGGGCCACUGAACUCACGUGCCUCCUGGCCUGCCCACCUGGCUUUGCCCUGCCUACCCCAGGUCAUGGUGCCAUUGUUUGAUUUCCUACUUCCUGUCCCUGAAUCACCCCCACCCCCAAACACACACACUUCCCCUUCCGAAUUGAUACUGACUUGCCUUCCUGUCCAGAAGGCCCAGGGGAGGGCAGGUGCCCCAGCAGGCCCUGUGGACCAGAGGUGCAGGGGAGAGGGAAGCGGGAGGUGGGAGGCACAGGGCAGGUUGGUGUUCUCCCUGCAGGGAGAGAACACAGAGGUUGGUAGGGACAAGUGUAGACAGGCUUACUCAGCCAUGGUGGGCAGGCUAUCUGUGGGGUCAGAGGGGUCCCCUGUCCAGUCUGGAGGCAUGAGAGAACAGCUAAGUGGGGUUGUGGGACUGGACGGUGGCAGGGGAGAGGCCAGGGUGGUCUGUGCAUGCAGGGGACAGAGCAGGGCCACCGGGGAGCUCAUGGUCCACUAGAGGGGAAGGUGGGCGCUAAUCAGGUGGCCAUGCUCCAGAAGCCAGGGCUACACGCCAAGGCCACUGCUCCGGAGGGAAGGAGCCCGACCUGGACUUCCGGGUUGGGAAGGCUUCCCUGCCAGAGCUGAUGUUAACCGGUUCAGGGUUUCUUUCUCCAGCCAGGCCAUCUGUGUGGUGGGGGCUGCCCUGUGCACUGUAGGUGCCAGCAGCAUCCAUGGUCUCCCUACUAGAUGCCAGGAUUGCCACCUGCCCCCAGUUGUGACAACCAGAAUUGGCGCCAGACAUGACCAGAUGUCCCCAGGGUGGGGGCAGAGUGGCCCCCAGUUGAGAACCACUGAACAAGGGACUCCCGUGUCCAGCCUGAGUUCCAGCCUCACUGAGUGGCCACCCCCAAAGCGCUUCCAUCCGAGGAAGCCCCCAGCACUGACCAUGUCUAUUAUGGACCACAGCCCCACCACGGGCGUGGUCACGGUCAUCGUCAUCCUCAUUGCCAUCGCGGCCCUGGGGGCCUUGAUCCUGGGCUGCUGGUGCUACCUGCGGCUGCAGCGCAUCAGCCAGUCAGAGGACGAGGAGAGCAUCGUGGGGGAUGGGGAGACCAAGGAACCCUUCCUGCUGGUGCAGUAUUCGGCCAAGGGACCGUGCGUGGAGAGAAAGGCCAAGCUGAUGACUCCCAACGGCCCGGAAGUCCACGGCUGAGCCAGGAUGCGAGGCUCCUGGUCCUGUUUGCAGCCGGCCGAGAGGCGCUGGGAGGGGCAAAACCACAUGGACGCGCUGCUGUCUGAGAGGAAGGGCUGACACUUGCUGGCAUGGCCUCUGCGGGCUUCGUCAUCGCAUGCACUGAUGCCCGGGGACCUGGCUGUCCUGGGCUUCGCCUCGGCCUCCGGGUGAGGCUGCCCAUUGCAGGCACUGGGCAGGCCUGACCUUGCUGGGUCUCAUGGCCCUGUAGCGCUUUUGUUACUUGAAUGUCUAGCUGAGCCUGUUUUUGAUGGAGCUACUACUGUAAUGCGUGAACUAACAAACCUGUGAACUGUAAAUAGGCCCCUGGAAGCACGUGCUUAAGCCCUUUUGCUGAUUUUUAAAAAUAUCAUCUAGCGCACACGGGACUGGUUUGAUUCUGGCUGUACUAAUGACAAGCUGAGUCAAGACCCCGGAGGGUCAUAGGCUUGUAAAGGCCCACGCCGCACUCGGCAAGGGUCUCUCAUGUGUGUCCGUCUGUGUGUAUAUCAAGGAAAUGAGAUGCCAGUUUGGGGUCUCGUGGCUGACCAGUUGGGGUGCUUGGGUGAUCUCUGCGUGGUUAGUCAUGGGUGGAAGAAGAACCACACCCCCCACACCCCUCUGUUCUUUCUCCAGAUAGACUCACUUGUUAAAUAGCAGUUUUGUUGAGUGGAGUUACUGCCGGGAAGCUACUGGACCUGCCUGGGAGCCAGUGAAGGGCGAGUCAGGGCACGUGUCCCAGAGGCUGCCAGCGUCCUUGUAGCAGAGCAGUUUCUUGCCGCUUUGGUCUUCAGCAUGCCGAGUCCCCCAUCCCGAGUGCAGGCUUCGCUGAAAUUGCUCUGGUCCUCGUAGAACCUGUGGUGGCUACUUUUGGUCUGAAACCCAGCUGGCCCAGCAAAGAGAAAAGGUUGUAUGUUUUGUAUUGGUAUUUCCUAUUUUCUGCACUGGAGGGGAGGGGACUGUUGAGGUUCUGUCUUUUUUCUUUCUUUCCUCUUACCUUUUUACACCACUUGGCUUCCUUUCCUCUCUGAUGACUGCCUGCCUGUGGGGUCCUGACUUCACUUGCCUCAGCGGGUCUCCAGUCCCCUGACCCAGCUCUGAAGGCACUUAGGACCCAGGGAACAUUUCUUGCGUGCACAUUCCCACAAGAGCCACCAGACUGCUUCCUGCCAGCCUGUGCUUGCGGCAGGGAGCCGGGGCAGGGCAGAGGUGAACUUUAAGUUCAGGACUUGUCUGUCCCACAGGUGGUUCUUGGGUGAGCUAGCAUCUCCACAGCCCGUCUUCAAGGCCUCCCUUGUGUACACUUCAGUGAGGGAGCUCACUUCGAUUUUUAAUCCCACCACCAUAAGCACAUACUAAUUUUAUUUAUGAUUCAAACAUGACUCGUGCCGGCCAUCCCUGUAAUAGAUGGAAGGUCAGCCCGGGCUUAACCACAGAGCACUGGCCCUUAAUGCCUGAGCUCAGAGCUCUGGCCUCCUGCUCAGACUGAAGGCACCUCCUCUGGCCUCACCUAAGCCUCUUCUAAAAUACGUGUUGAAUGAAUCCAUGUUCUGGAACCCCCAGGGCGGGAGAAGUAGGGGGGACUUUGUUUAAGCAGCAUACACCUAAAUUGGGGGUUUAAACAUUUAAGUAGGAGCUUGGGGUGGAAAGAGGGACGGCUGGCUGGGCCAUCUGAGCAGAAGGUAGUAAUGAAACACCUCAGUUGGGCUCUUGAGAGCCCUUAGGAAGCAGGAGAGGCAACACCUCUGGCUACUCUGGUGUGGCCAAGUUCAGAGGAGGUGGUGGUGGGGCAGGCGUGAUGUCAGCAGGAGCCCAGCAGGCUGGGUGGGCAGGACGUGUGGUUGGGGCCACUGAAACUAGGUCUAGGAGGGAGAACAGAAGUUCCCAAGGUGCCGACUGGAAGAUGGGGGAAAAGGUUUGCUUUGGUGAGUGAGAAAAGGCUGGGUGUGUGAUCCAUCCCCUCACGUUUCAGAACUUCCAGGCUUUCUACCUCGACUCUCACCGCAGCCAGCACAUACACCUAGGCUGUUUUUCUUUCCUCCACAUCCGAGGGACACAGGAGCAGCUAGGAUCUGCAUUUUCAGGUUCCGAGCCUGACCCCUGGAACUGACCAGUGCUCAAUUGUCAGACUUGGCCUGUGGUUUUGACCUUGCCAGUGAAGUUUCAGUUUUGAAGUGAUUAAAUGUCACUUUCUCAUCAGUUUCACUUCUGGAGGUUUUCUGAUCCCACUCCCUGGUGGCAGGGAUGUACCUGGGAGUUUGAAUCAGGCCCAUUUGAGCGUGGUAGCCGUGUUGGGUGAAGGUCAGGGGCUCAGUGAGGCACUGGGGGGGUUUUCAGGAGGAAAAUGAAAAUGGCUGUAUAACCAGUGAACCACAUCAUAGCUCUCACUGUUCUUAUUUUUCAAUAGCUUUUUUUUUUAGCAUAGACACCAGAGCCACAUUCAAAUGGCUUAGUAGGUUAUGACCUCUCUUUGAAUUAUUUCUGAAUGCCCAACUGUUGCAUUCAAGUUUUCUGACUAAUCAAGAAAUUAAGCGUUCAUCUUUCGUAUCACUGCAGAAGCAACAGUGGGGGGACAGGGAGGGAACUCUUGACACUGAGCCACUAAAAUAUGGACUAAUUUUUUGGACAAAUCUUCAAACGGACUGUGCUACUGUUUUUGUUUCAAAGCUACCAAGUUUGUGCAAUAAGUGGAAGGGAUGUCAUCUCUCUUCAAUAAAUGCUGAAUGACAUUCAAGUUGAUUUUCUAGACCACUGAGAAAAUCUUUAUUUACAAUAAAUUUCAAUAAAAUUUGCAUAAAUAUAUUCCCAAUGUA